AUGGCAUUGGGGACGUUGAAGCUCAGUGACUACGACAUUUCACCCCAGUUCGGAUUCCUACCUUGCGACGUCAUUGGGAUCCCUCCACUCGGACUGUACUACAAGCCAUGGCAAGAUAUCUCAGAGAAUUUACCGAAUCUGCUUGCCUCUAAUCGUCUGCGAGCAGAGGUGGACGGCCUUCCGAUCUUGAGUUGCAAAGAUUUGAGAUCCAUUCCCGAACAGAGACGGGCAUAUUCGAUACUCGCUUUCAUAUCUCAAGCAUACAUCUGGGCAGAGAAUUUGCCAGCAAAGAGGAUUCCGCCUUCUGUCUCCAUACCUUUUUUGUCAAUUUGCAAAUCACUAAACCUGCCGCCCGUAGCCACACCUGACCGACUGGAUAACCUCGCAACCUUGACUACAUUUACGGGAGCAAUCGACGAAAGCUGGUUCUACCUCAUUUCCGUUGCUAUCGAGGCUAAGGGCGGGCCGUUGAUCGCAUCGGCUGUGGAAGCAACAAACCUCUCCCGAGCGGGACGCACCGAUCUUGUGGCCAUUCAACUCGACAAACUGGCUGCCGGCAUAGUCGAUCUGAAGACUGUGCUGCAGCGUAUUUACGAAAAUUGCGAUCCGCAUUUCUUUAGCAACAAACUUCGCCGGUUUCUGGCCGGAAGCAAGAAUAUGGCCAAGUUUGGACUUCCUGAUGGUGUGAUUUUUGACGAGGGCACAGGCAACGUCCGAACUGUGAAGCUGUCUGGGGGUUCAAAUGCGCAAUCGAGCCUAUUUCAAUUUUUUGAUGUUGCAUUGGGUGUCACACACCGUGUCGGUGAAUGUGGAGGAGCACAUCAGAAGAACAAGAUUUCGAAUCGAGACACCGUCGCCUCUCCUGGAAAUCUAGAAGAUGGUUGCCGCCACGUCAAAACAGUCAAUGAUCAGAACUACCUCUCAGAAAUUCGCCAGUACAUGCCUGAGCGUCACCGCCAAUUCUUGGACGAUUUUGCGGCCGUUGCCAACAUACGCCAAUUUGUAGAGAACAACCUGCAAAACGAAGCUCUUGUUCUUGCAUACGAUGCAUGCAUUUCAGCUCUAGUUCAGUUUCGUAAUACACACAUGGCCAUUGUGAGUCAAUACGUCAUCGCACCUGCCCAAGUGAAGGCGGUCCAUCAGCAUCAGAGCGACCCUACGACGAUACAUCUGUAUGGUACAGGAGGGACGGCACUGAUCCCGUUUCUAAGACUCGUGCGGAACGAGACAAGGGAAUCAGCAAUCAAUGGGAAUUGUACAGCAAGAUAG